AUGAUUAUGGUACAUUGCAUCAUGGGGUCUUUGGCAGACGGAGUGGAGCAGCCUCAGUGGAUCAAGGAGCUGCUGGAGAUAGCGCCGUCAGCAAGGAAUAAGGAGGUCCUUGAGGUGAUUACCGGCAACGCUGCCGCCCGCGCCCGCCGCAACGUCUUUUUGGCGCGCAUCACACCAAUGCAGAAGCUCCAGGCCAGAAUCAGGAGUCUCAUUGCGCUGUGCCUGUUUGCAUGGUCGUUCCCUGCCACAGCAGCCGUCGUGUUCGUCCGCUGGCUCCUGCAUAAGCUUGUGGGCAAGCCGGAGCCAAGGGUCCGCCCAAACGGCCCCAGGAAAACUCUCGUGCUUACAGGUGCCAAAAUGAGCAAGUCGAUGCACACUGCCCGCCACUUUUCACGCAUUGGGUGGCGCGUGGUGGCAAUUGAGCACCACAAGUACUGGAUGUCGGGGACGCGCUUCUCCAACUGCGUCGAUGCAUUUCACACGGUGCCCCCGCCUGAUGUGGAUCUAGUAGGCUAUCUUAAGGCAAUGCGGCGGAUCCUGGCCAAGGAGAAAGCGGACAUCUACAUGCCCACCUCUACCGCUUUGCUUGAGGUGUACGACGCUCUAGUUCUCGACGUACUUCCCCCCGGGUGUGUCCCCUGGACGCUCGACGCGGCCACAACGGCACAGCUGAACAACAAGGCCCGCUUCAGCGCGCUCUGCCGUGACGUCGGCGUGCGCUCACCUGCCUACUUCCACAUCGCCACUAAGCAGCAGCUGCUUGACUUCAACAAGAAGCCCGAGAUCUUCAAAGGGAAAAGGUUCCUGCUCAAGAGCAUCGCGUACGACUGCAUCAGCCGGUCGGAGCUGUUCACACUCCCGUGCGACCAGGCCCGCCUAGAGCGCCACGUGGAGAGCAUUGAUUUGGACCCGACGCACCCGUGGAUGCUGCAGCAGUUCCUGGAGGGCGUCGAGUACUCGUCGUACAGCAUCGUGCACCGCGGCCGCGUCGUCGCGCACGCCGACACCAAGGCCGAGCUCAACAACUUCAGAUACGGACAGGUGGACUCCACGCAGAUGUGGGAGUGGGUGACCGCUUUUUGCGCGGCGGGUAAAUACACGGGCAACCUGUGCUUCGACUUCAUCCAGGACACGCACGACGGUUUGCUGUACCCCACCGAGUGCAACCCGCGCAUCAGCAGCAUCAAUACGCAGUUCCACGACCACCCCGCGCUUGCCACCGCCUUCACCGACCCGGAGUCGAUCGGCAAGUGCCUGAAGCCCAUGCCCGGCAGCGCCCACAUCUACUGGUGGUGGGGAGAGUUCUGGACGGCCGUGACAGGCGGAGAUUAUGCUACGUGGUGGCACCUGGUGACGGCCGGCAAGGACGGCGUGUUCGAUCUAGACGACCCGCUUCCGUUCCUCUUCUACAACUACCUUCAGAUUCCGGUCCUACUGAUGCGGAACGUGUUGGGCGGAAACCCCUGGAAAAAGAUCGACUUCUGCAUCGGCAAGCUGAUUGAGAUGUACGGAGACUAAGGGUAUUUUGAGGAGAGAGCCUGCUUCUAAGAACAUCUUUUGGAGGUUAUUAAGUGGCAGAGUUCGCACAAAGACGGCAGAGAGGUAGGAGUACAUCGAGGAAUCGCAAGACAGAUUCAUACCCAAUCGUCGGGGGACUGCACAAUAGAUAAGAGCUCGAUAUCGGUCUCGGUAUCGUGGAGACUCAGUUUUUCCUUGAGUAGACGUGGUGCAGAAAUGCAUUUGCAACUGAUUGCGGAACUAUCGAUCAUGCAGGACUUGAUUAACUCGGUCGCAGAAUAAUCAAUCCGUCUCCUAUGAAGUCAUGUUCCAAAGCAGAAGUGCUUCGUCGUUGUUCACACAGUACCACUUCAC